AUCCACCCCUAAACAUCAUCCACAGCAUUGCAUUCGACUGUGUCUAUAUUUCCUUCUGUAGGCUAUUAGCAGCCAGCCGGGGGCUCUGCUUACUGUCCCGAAUCAAUCAGAAGGCUUACAAGUCGCCAUUAACUAAACUGUCGACUUGAACCGCGAUCGCGAACGAACACACACCGCCGCCGUCUGGCCCUGUUUACCCCCCGCCGCCGCCUCGGUGCUGUCACAAAGACAAGAUGGACGCGGCAGCCGUUCGGAACUGCAUCGUCGCAACCCUCGACCCCACUGCCGACGUGAGGAAACAGGGUGAGCACGAACUGAAGCAGGCCGAGCAACAACCAGGAUUUAUCGACUGCCUCGUCACCAUCCUCCAGAGCGAACAACAGCAAAAUGUUCGCUUGGGAACCGUUAUCUACCUCAAAAACCGAGUCCACCGCGGCUGGUCAGACGGUGAAUCCUCGACUUCGGAGCCCGCGAUAAACGAAGACGAGAAGACGCGCUUCAAGGAAAACCUGCUCCCCCUCCUCGCCUCUUCGCAGGGCGUGAUCCGACAGAACCUCAUCCCCAUCUUACAACGAAUCCUUCACUGGGACUUUCCGCAAAAAUGGCCCGCCUUUAUGGAUUACACGGUGGAGCUGCUUGGAACGAACGACAAAGACAGGGUACUAGCAGGCCUGCAGUGCCUCCUUGCCAUCUGCCGUGCUUAUAGGUUCAAGCCAAACGACGAUGAAAACAAAGCACAGCUGCAGAAGAUUAUUGAGGGCAGCUUCCCAAGGCUCUUGGACAUCUGCAGGGAACUUGUUGUACAGGAGAGCGACGAUGCCGGCGAGAUGCUGCAUAUUGCGCUCAAGGCUUUCAAGCACGCAACCUUCCUCGAACUACACGGCAUUUUACUUCAGCAGGAGACAAAUAUGGCCUGGUGUGACAUCUUCUUAAGGACCGUCUCGAGGGCGGUACCCGCCUCGGCCAUGGCUGACGAGAGCCCUGAGCGGGAAAAGCACCACUGGUGGAAGGCGAAGAAGUGGGGAUACUACAACCUCAACCGUCUUUACCAAAGGCAUGGCAACCCGGAAGCCUUCCCCAAAGAUGCUACCGCCCAGUUGGAUUUCGCAAAGUACUUUUCCAGCACCGUUGCACCCGCUAUUCUCAAGCACUAUCUUGUCGAGAUUGAGAAAUGGGUCGCCAAGACCACCUGGCUCAGUCGACCAUGUUUGUCGUACAUCAUCGUAUUCUUGGAUGAGUGCAUUAAACCGAAGGAGAUGUGGACACAUCUGAAGCCUGACCUCAACAACCUCAUUCAGCACUUUAUAUUCCCUGUCAUGUGCCUGUCCGAGGAUGAUGUCAACGACUUCGAGGAUCAGCCCGAGGAGUACCUUCAUCGUAAAUUGAACUUCUACGAAGAAGUUAGCGCCCCUGAUGUCUCUGCGACCAACUUCCUCGUCAACCUCACAAAAUCCCGCAGGAAGCAGACCUUCGAGGUUCUGCAGUUCAUCAACAAUGUCGUCAACGAAUACGAGGCUGCAGCACCCGAAAGCAAAAACCACAUCGCCAAAGAGGGUGCGUUGCGCAUGAUAGGAACCUUGGCACCUGUCUUGCUGAGCAAGAAGAGCCCAAUUGCCGACCAGGUCGAAUAUUUCCUCGUGCGAUAUGUCUUCCCCGACUUCACGAGCACUCAAGGAGUCCUUCGAGCGCGUGCUUGCGACACAAUUGAGAAGUUCGAGGCACUUGACUUCAAAGACCAAAACAACCUCCUCACUAUUUACCGAAACAUCCUACAAUGCAUGGCCGAUCCCGAUCUUCCCGUCCGUGUGACGGCGGCGCUUGCUCUGCAACCUCUGAUAAGACACGACAUCAUCCGCAGGAGCAUGCAGGAGAGCAUUCCCACAAUCAUGCAACAGCUGCUCAAAUUAGCCAACGAGGCUGACAUUGAUGCUCUAGCGAACGUAAUGGAGGACUUUGUGGAGGUCUUUGCCAAGGAGCUCACACCAUUUGCGGUUGCCCUCAGCCAGCAGCUUAGCCACACCUACUUGCGGAUAGUUCGCGAACUUCUGGACAAGAACGGCGGACGUGAUGGCGAGGAUGAUUAUGCGGACUUCCUUGACGAUAAGAGCAUAACGGCCCUGGGUGUCCUGCAAACAAUCGGCACGCUGAUCCUGACCCUCGAAAGCACCCCCGAGGUUCUUCAGGCCAUUGAAACAGUAUUGAUGCCCGUCAUUGAAAUCACUCUAGAGAACAAGCUCUACGACCUGUACAACGAGGUAUUCGAGAUUAUCGACAGCUGCACAUUUGCUGCGAAGAACAUUUCACCUAUUAUGUGGAAAGCUUUCGAGCUUAUUCACCAGACAUUCAAGUCUGGUGCCGAGCUUUACCUUGAGGACAUGCUCCCGGCCUUGGACAACUAUGUUCAGUACGGCGCGCCUCAUCUUGUGCAAAACCCACAGUACAGUCACGCCCUGUUCGACAUGGUCAAGACUAUGUUCGAGGAGCCCAAGGUGGGGAAUGUCGACAGGAUUUGCGCAUGCAAGCUCGGAGAGGCCAUGAUGCUCAGCCUCCGCGGAUCGAUCGACAACUACAUCGAGGGUUUUGUGACGAUGGCGAUGAACAUAAUCACGUCCCAGGAUCUCAAGAUCAAGUCCGUCAAGAUUCACCUCAUGGAGAUGGUAAUUAACGCUAUCUACUACAACCCACUUCUCACCCUGCAGGUCCUGGAGUCCAACCAAUGGACCAACAAGUUCUUCAGCUUGUGGUUCAGCAGUAUGGACCUGUUCACGCGGGUACACGAUAAGAGGCUAUGCAUCGUUGCCAUAUCUGCUCUUCUAAGCAUCAACCCUGAGCAGAUCCCGGCAAGCGUCUCCACAGGGUGGCCUCGUCUGCUCCAAGGCAUUACCGUUCUUUUCAGGACCCUGCCAAACGCCGAAAAGAACCGUGCCGAGGCUAUGAAGGAUGACUUCACGCUCGAUCCUGGUAGCUACGACUACGAGGACGAUGAUGAGUGGGACGAGGAUGAUGCCAACUGGAACGCUGACGGAGACCAAGAAGAGGAUCCCUCUGACGUGAAGGAUGAGAGCACAGCCUACAUCGAGUUCCUGAACGAAGAGGCACAGAAGUUCAGUAAUCUGGACCAGGGAGGUUUCGAGUCCGAUGAUGAUCUUGGAGAGCAAAGCCUACUCCUCGAGACACCGUUGGAGAAGGUAGAGCCGUAUGGCAUAUUCAGAACAGUUCUCUUACGCUUGCAACAAGAACAGCCACAAUUCUAUCAGUCUCUAGCAGGGCACUUGCAGGAAGACGACCGGAAUAUGUUGCAGACAGUGGUACAGCAGGCUGAGCAAAUUAUGAUCGUCGCUCAGCAGCAACAACAGGCAAUGACACAAGGCGCUGCCAAUGGCGGCGCCAGCUAAACCGGCGUAAGCCUUGAUAUCAACGCCCGAAGUACCCGGCACAGCGGUUCGAGGGCUGGAAAAUUCACGUUGCUAUAACUUCACUUGGUACUUUUCCAAGAGACAGCACCAAGUCAAGACGGACGAGUUUGUCCAAGGCCGUUGAAUGACUGCAUACUCAACAGACUGAUGAGGUAACAUGAGCUUGGAGACGGCACACAUCGAGCCCGUUUCCAUUGGUAUGGAUUAUGAUGGAAAUAUGGACUUGUCUUCACCGUAGUUGUUGGAUUAAUCGCCUUGAAGAGAUGAAAAAGUUGAAUGGGAAAGUAUGGCGCUUUUGGUUGCUGGAGCUGAACAGAAAGGAAUACCGAUUGGGAUCAUGGAAGGUAAAUAAAGAGAGGAUUAAGUAUCAUGCGGAAGAUGAUGGCAGAAGCAAGCUUGGAGUGGAGGAAUAGAUACCUUACGUAGAACGGUUUUGUGGCUGCACACAGUUUCUUUCUCGAUUAUUGUCUUGGUCUUGGAUUGCAUAAAUGAAGGGCUUGGAUCAAGAGGCCAUGGCAUAUGGGCUGUGACUAGAGACAUAAGAUAGCUGCGAAUCAAGCGAUUUUUUUUGGCGCCG